UUGAAGAAUGGAAAGUCUAAAAUAGCCAACCCAAAGCUUUAGAUUGAAGAAACCGUUGAGCUUCUCCAAAAUCUUUUCUCAAAUGACCGUCACUUUUACCACACAAGAUUCAUCAUCAUCAACACUCGAUGAUCAUCAUCUCAAUAUCUCCAUGUCCAACGUUGUUAAUAAUUUUGAUACGAUGAAGCAGCCAAAUAAUUAUCGGUCAACGCCAUCAUCAACCGGCCGGCGUUUCAUCAUUUCUUGUUUCUUCUUCAUUGUUUUCCUUUGCACCUUAGCUUCCGUAAACGAAAUCCGAUUCGAUAGUUUCCUAAGAUUCAAAAAGUGUGCAUUUUCACCGCUACCCCUCGAUGAUUCACCAACACAAAAUCUCCUCCUUACAAAUUCUUCUUCCUCCUCCUCCAAUGUCACAAAUUCCACAUCAUCAUCCAUCGAAGAACUCCGAAUCCUCAUCGGGAUCCUAACCCUUCCGGAUCACUACUACCAACGACACUUCCUGCGGCUCAUCUACGGCACGCAAUCGCCCGAGAACGCGCGAGUCGACGUGAAAUUCGUGUUUUGCAACCUCACAAAGGAGGAACAAAAAGUGUUCGUGGCGCUCGAGAUCAUGCGGUACGAUGACAUCAUCAUCCUCAACUGCCACGAGAACAUGAACGACGGUAAGACUUACGCUUACUUCUCAAGCUUGCCGGAAAUGCUAGCAUCAUCAUCAUUAUAUCCGCCGUAUCAUUACGUGUUGAAAACGGACGACGAUUCGUAUUUUAGGCUAAACAAUUUGGUGAAUUCACUUAGGCCAUUGUCUAGGGAAGAUUUGUACUACGGAUUUGUUAUACCGUGCCUAAGUAUGGACGCUUAUAGGAAUUACAUGUCCGGAAUGGGGUACUUAGUUUCUUGGGAUAUUGUCGAGUGGAUUAAGGAAUCGGAGAUUCCGAGGAGUCAUUUGCACGGGCCGGAAGAUAAGGUGUUCGGCGAGUGGAUCCGGUGGGGUAAAAGAGGCAAAAAUAGGUACAAUGCUAAAUGGUCAAUGUAUAAUUUCCCGGAGCCGCCGUCGGGAUGCGGGCAUGAGCUGUGGCCGGAAACCGUUGCGGUUCAUCUUCUUAAGACUCCACAGAAGUGGAUGAAGACGUUGAAGUAUUUCAAUGUUACCAAGAAUUUGAAACCUUCCAAAUUGUAUCAUAUUGAUCCCUAGCCAAAAUAUGUUGGACUACGAUUUGAAGAGUUUAUCAUUGUAUUUUUUAUUUUUUUUUGUUCAUUCUUUUUGAAGGGAUUUAUUAACUACAGAUCAAUUACUUGAAU